ACUGCCCGUGUUAAAACACGGAAGUGCUCGCAGACGUGAUUUAUGUCACAUAUCAAUGCUGCUGUAGCAUGUUUAAAACGUCAUGCUGUCACAUCCGACUGCGUGCUGGCAGCGGCACAGGAGCUGAGUGGCAGUGCGUUUCAUUUUAUUUAAAUUUCAUUUUAUAAGUACGGCUCGCGCAGUGCUAUGUGCAGCUGAAAUUAGGCGCCUUGACGCAUGAAGACGAUAUUUUUUCCCAAGCCCAGUAGGUUAUAUCAACGGAUUCACAAAAUUGAUAAAAUAACAAAAAUCUAUCCAGCGUUUAUACGUUACAAAAACGCCCGUGAUUCCUUCUUGCUUUAUGGAAAUCAAAACCUUCCCAUCUUCACCCAGAACAUUGCUCUGGAUGUGACACGUGGCUAGCUAUUUACCUACGUGCGCAGCAGCUUCGAACGGGAAAGUCGCUGGAGAGUUUUGUGCUGUCCUGCAAGACACAAGAACCUGUAGCAGCAGGACUGCACGGACAUGAAGAAAAUGGGAGGUGACACGAAAACAGACUCGUCCGCUGGAGGGAGGAGUGGGGCUCAGGGUGAUGCCCCGCAGGAAAGCUGGAUGAAGCGUGUUUUUGGGUUUGAGAAGAGUGAUCUGUCGUCAUGGGAACAGCUGGUUCGCCUCCUCAACCGCCCCACCGACCCUGCCGCGCUGGGAAUCUUCCGCUUCAUGUUUGGCCUGUUGAUGGCGGUGGACAUCACCCAGGAGCGAGGCCUCAGUCACCUGGACUACAAAUACCUUGACGGCACUCCCGUGUGCCGCUUUCCUCUCUUCAACUUCCUGCAGCCCCUGCCGCUGGACUGGAUGUACCUGGUCUAUGUGGUGAUGUUCUUGGGCGCUGUGGGCAUCAUGCUGGGCUGUGUCCACCGGCUCUCCUGCCUCAUGUUCAUCUCCACCUACUGGUACGUCUUCUUCCUGGACAAGACCGCCUGGAACAACCACUCCUACCUGUAUGGGCUCAUCGGUUUCCAGCUCUCCUUAAUGGAUGCAAACAGAUACUGGUCGAUAGAUGGACUUUGGAAUGCUAAAAAGAAGAAUGCCCAUGUGCCACUCUGGAACUACACCAUCCUUAGGGCUCAGAUUUUCAUUGUGUAUUUCAUUGCUGGCAUUAAGAAGCUGGAUUCCGAUUGGGUGGGUGGAUACUCCAUGCAGCAUCUGGCCCACCAUUGGCUGUUCGACCCUUUCAAGCUGAUUCUGCCGGUGGAGAUGGUCAGCCUCCUCGUUGUCCAUGGUGGAGGCCUCGUGCUGGACCUGACGGCUGGAUAUCUUCUCUUCUUUGAUGCCACGCGCCCCUUCGCCAUGUUCUUCGUCUCCUACUUCCACUGCAUGAACUCCCAGCUUUUCAGCAUCGGAAUGUUUGCCUACACCAUGUUGGCCUCCAGUCCCAUUUUCUGCUAUCCUGAUUGGCCGAGACGCUUCUUUGGUGGCUUCCCAUCGGUUCUUAAGGCGGUACUGCCACCCGCCGAACCGACGCCUCAGUCCAGUACCUCCUGUGUGUACCCAGAGACGGCGGCAGGCUCUGCAGAUGGGCAGGGACCUCCCCCGGUCCCCAGGCCUCUCAAACCUGGACGCAGACACAGGCUUGGGGCCCUGUUCACCCUGCUCUACCUGAGCGAGCAGUUCUUCCUGCCAUACUCACACUUCAUCACUCAGGGCUACAACAACUGGACCAAUGGCCUGUAUGGAUAUUCAUGGGAUAUGAUGGUGCACACUCGCACACACCAGCAUGUUAAGAUCACCUACAGGGAUGGAAAGACUGGAGAUAUUGGAUAUCUCAACCCUGGGGUGUUCACCCAGACCCGGCGCUGGAAGGACCACGGGGACAUGUUAAAGCAGUACGCCACCUGCCUGAGCCACAACCUGGUCCAUUACAACAUCACGGAGCCGCAGAUCUUCUUCGAUAUCUGGGUGUCCAUCAACGAGCGCUUCCAGCAGAGGAUCUUUGAUCCCCGUGUGGACAUCGUGACUGCGGACUGGUCACCCUUCCGUCCCAACUCGUGGCUGAUGCCUCUGCUUGUGGACCUUUCUCCAUGGAGAACAAAGUUUCAGGAGAUUGAAGGCUCUCUGGACAACCAGACUGAAGUGGUCUUCAUCGCUGACUUCCCAGGCCUUCACCUGGAGAACUAUGUGAGCAAAGAUUUGGGCAACACCAGUGUCCAGGUGCUGCAGGGACAGGUGAGCGUUGAGAUCGUGGAGGAGAAGACCAACUAUACCCUGCAGCCUGGAGACCUGAUGAAGCUACCUGCUGGAGCCUACCAUAAAGUGUACACCGUAUCGGACCGGCCCUCCUGCUACAUGUACAUCUACGUCAACACCACUGAAGUGGCGCUGCAGAAGAACUUCACCAGACUGUUUGAGCUGCAGGAGCGAAUCAGGAACGGCACCGAGACGGAGCCUCUUCCGCCCGAGCUGCAGCCGCUGGUUAGCGUAGUGGAGGGUAAGGACCCGGGCGUCAACGUGACCGAUCCCGUGCUGCGACUGUUUCUACGGCGGCAGCAGCGCAUGCACGACGUGAAGAAGCACCGCGAGGCCUCGCUGUCCGAGAAGAUGCACCGAUUCAGCGUCAAGAAAUACUACAUGAUCCGCCGCGGCUUCCUGAUGACGGCGAUCGCCAUGCGGAACCUGAUGGUGGGGCUCCCCCCGCUGGAGCAGCUCACUCAGGAGGUGGCCUACGCCAACAUGAAGGAGCCCCCGGCCGCCACGGACGACCCUCUCCCUGACGAGGCCGCCCACCUGGAGCUGUGAGAGGAGCUGCUGAGGAGUGGGUCUGCUCCCCCGCUACUGCUGUUACUUCUGUUACUGCUGCAACCUCAUCAGCCUCCUGUCUGUGAAUACUUCCUGCACAUUCCUCAGAUUUGAAGGCUUUGGUGAAAAAAAAUUCUUUUUUUAAAUUCACAUUUUUACUUACAUUUGAGUUGUAAUGAUUACUUUCAAGAUCAUUAAUAUAAGUAUUUUGAAACAAGUUUUUGUAAUUAUUUUGAAGUGGUUUCAGAUGCAGUUCAUUAUGUUGUGUGACGCUAAUAUGCGAUGGCUGUUGCUAUGAUGUAGCCGACAUUGCUAUGAUUACACUAAUUCUACCAGCGCAUAAAUUGUACUUGUGUACAUUUAUCAUGGAAAGAACACUCAGAUUGUGUAAUUAGUCUGAUUUGAUACAAAAUAAAUACAUUUUAUGAAAAUA